CUGUCCGAGUCUCCGUCUGCCGUCGUCCGUUUAAUUUAAUUGGAUUUUUUUUUACGGUGUAUUAUUUCAUUGUGUGUGAGUCGGGGGGGGGGGGGCCGCAUGAACAGCCAGGCUGGAUCGAACCAGGAAGAAGAUUGAGGAAUCCAAGGAGAAGAUCCGCCGGGAGAUCCGCGAGUCCAAGGCCAAGAUGUUCACCAAAUUCACCAACAUCCUGCAGCAGGCGGUGGAGGCGGUUAAUACAGAGAAAUACCAACAUACUGCCUGCAGGAACAGUUUCAUUGGGCUGGCAAUCGGGCUGCGAGUUGGCUCCUUCCCUUCCACUGCAAGAAGACUUUGUGUUUCACUGGAAGGCCAUUACCCAUUAUUACAUUAACACAUCAGAUGAUAAAGCUCCAGUAACAGAUACAAACAUCCCAUCACACCUGGAUCAGAUGCUGGAUAUUUUGGUUCAGGAGGAACAUGAAAGGGAAUCUGGGGAGACAGGGCCAUGCAUGGAGUACUUACUGCAUCACAAGAUUUUGGAGACUCUGUACACAUUGGGAAAAGCUGAUUGCCCGCCAGGAAUGAAGCAACAGGUCCUGAUUUUCUAUACAAAAUUACUAGGAAGGAUCAAACAACCCCUGCUGCCACACAUAAAUGUCCACAGACCUGUCCAGAAAUUAAUUCGACUUUGUGGUGAAGUUCUUGCUGCCCCAACAGAAAAUGAAGAAAUACAAUUUCUCUGUAUAGUCUGUGCAAAAUUGAAGCAAGAUCCCUAUUUGGUCAACUUUUUUCUCGAGAACAAAUCUCCAAGAGCUAUAGGAGGUGCCAGCUCACAGAAAACAGAAGCAGACAGUUCAGACAAAACAGUCAUGUCGGAAGACAUAUCAUCAGAGAAUGAACAUGCCCAAUCUUCUGACGCCAACACAAAGACAGAACUUUUCAAUGCCAGCUGUAAAGCUGUAAUCAGCCCAUUGGACAGCAGCAGCGAGUCAUCUCAAAACAGUACUGAUCUAUCUGCAUCAUUAAAUGCCAUGACCCUUUCCCCACAAACAGCCACUGCAAGGUCCUCUGAUCAUUGUCAAAAUCAAGAUUACAAUCUAGUGAAUUCAUUAAUAAACCUCAGUAAAAGCCCGGAUGGUCGAAUUGUUGUUAAAGCAUCUGAAGGUCUAAUGCUGCUAGUUAGUUUGCCAGAGCCAGCAGCUGCAAAGUGCCUGACUGACAACACUUCUCUAUGCCAAUUGCUUACAGAAAGACUGGGCACGCUUUAUAGAGCACUCCCGCAGUCGAUAGACCCAAUGGAUAUUGAAUCUUUGGAGUCGGUCAACUGGGGUUUAGAUUCUUAUAGCCAUAAAGAAGAUGCCACAGCUUUUCCAGGAAAGCGUGCUCUCAUCUCUUUCCUAUCUUGGCUGGAUUACUGUGACCAGCUAAUUAAAGAAGCCCACAAGCUCACUGCAGUUGCCUUGGCAAGAGCUAUUCGAGAGAGAUUCUUUGUUCUAGUUAUGGAACCACAAUUACUUCAGACAUCAGAGAUUGGUAUUUUGACCUCAAUAUCGCUGCUAAAUCGCAUCAUCCGUCAGAUCAUGUCGAAUGCAAUGCUACAAGAGUUAGUUUUCUUCCUCUUAGGAGAACAAAGACAGCCUGAAACAGCUGGAGACAAUAAGCAUCAUCUGCGAAAUCGACUUAUAGAACACUGUGACCAUCUUUCAGAUGAGAUCAGUAUAAUGACACUGAGAAUGUUUGAGCAUCUAUUGCAAAAGCCAAAUGAGCACAUUAUUUACAGCGUGGUCCUAAGGAAUUUGGAGGAACGGAACUACGUUGAGAAUAAACCAGCUUGCCAAGAGGACAAGGAUAUAGUUGAAAAUGGACAGAUAGCAGGAGCAGUAGACUUGGAGGAAGAUCCACUUUUCACUGAUUUGUCACCUGAUAACAGACUUCUGGGAUCCAAUUGGCUGACUGCUUCCCCACCUCCAACACCAGACCACACAAAAUGUGAUGGGAAAACAGAAGUUCAUAAAAUUGUUAAUAGUUUCCUAUGUCUUGUUCCUGAUGAAGCAAAAUCAUCUUACUAUGUAGAAGGCACAGGAUACGAUACCUACCUCAGAGAUGCACAUAGGCAGUUCCGAGAUUGUUGUGGUAACUGUAUGAGGUGGGACUGGCCAGCGAUACCUAAACCUUUGGAGAAAUGCAAUCUGGAAUCUCCUUUCUUUGAGGGACAUUUUCUAAAAGUUCUGUUUGAUCGAAUGGGCAGAAUCCUUGAUCAGCCAUAUGAUGUGAAUUUGCAAGUGACAUCUGUUCUGUCAAAGUUAUCUUUAUUUCCCCAUCCCCACUUACAUGAAUACUUACUGGAUCCUUACAUUAAUCUGGCUCCUAACUGCCGGUCUUUGUUUUCCGUUAUUGUAAGGGUGGUUGGAGAUUUAAUGUUGAGAAUACAACGUAUCCCAGACUUCACACCAAAGCUUUUGCUAAUCCGAAAACGUUUGCUGGGUUUUGAGCCAGAUGGACCUAUCAUUGACCAUAUGACGUUGCUGGAAGGUGUAAUUGUAUUGGAAGAGUUCUGUAAGGAAUUAGCAGCAAUAGCUUUUGUUAAAUUCCAUGCUUCUACCACACCCUAAUUAUUGGCUGGAUUCCACACAGAAGCAUCCCAUCAGCACUUCAGUUUUACAAGUCAGCUUCAUGGAAAUGUUUGGAACAACAAAGCCAGCUGUGACUGCUAACUGUAGUAUGCUGCGCGUCAGUGUCUUGGAUAUGGAUAGAAAAAAGGGAAAUACGUGCAAAAGUGGAGCAACUAAUGCAGUUGUCUGUAAAGAUGGGAAAACAUGUCAAGAAGACUAUGAAUACUUUCAUUGACAUUAAUAUUGGAAGGGUGUUUUUCAAAUAACAAGUCUCAAAAUGUUGUGCAUGUUGUAUUUUACAGAGAGAAGUAGUAGUUUUCCUACUUCUGGUCCCUCUUAAAAUCAUGAUCCUUCUCUUAAAAAUUAUUCUCAACACUUGAGAAUAAGUUGGGCAAAGGUCAAUAUCAGAGAUAUUAAUCAGUAUUUUAUCAAAUCAGAGAAUUAUUUAAGUAACGAAAGCUGAGGUGCUGAUCUGAAAUUAUUGUAUGUUUCUGUGCCUUUGAAAUGGGCAGCAUUAGGUAUUAAGUCAUGUUAAUCUUUCGUCGCUCUGUUUUCUUCCCCUCCCCAACACUUUCAAACAGUCCAGAAGCCAAAAACCACAUGGGCAACGGCUUUAGUGUCUGUUUCCGAGCCUUCAUACUCAUAGCAGGGAAUCGCCUCCAUAUUUGGAUGCAAGUCUAAGCUUAAGUAUUGUAUACUUGCAUAAAAAAGUGAUGUUUGGUUUAUGGUUAAUGCUCCAUUUUAAGUGUUCACUCUUAACAAGUACUUGGUGUUCAGCAAAGCUGUAAUACUACAAAAUUUUCAAUAUAACUUUACAACCACAACCCAGUGUUAAUGAACUAUUUAAAACAGCCAUCACCAACUUUUUUUUUAUUAAACUAGAAAAUACAGAACUAUAGAUAUUUAUAAAACACCAUAACCUGCAUACUUAUAAAAAGCUAAAUUGUUCAAUAUGUUUCACAUUGGAUGCCUAAAAUGAAGUGGGGUUGUUGUGCAAUGAUUUAAUGAUGAAACCUUUACAAAUGCUUCAUAACUAAUGUUUGUUACAAAUUAUAUAUUCCAAAUUAAGUUCUGUAUUUACACUUUUGCUAAAAUAUUACCAAUGGUCCUUCUUUUCUAUUUUCAUUUCAAUUAUAAAAUGUUAACGUUAAACAACAAAAGCUGUUUUUAUAGUUAGCAGCAUUGGGCUUUAUUGAACAUGGAGUACUAGUUUAUAGUAGGUGCUUGAAGUGUUGAUUUAUGUUUCUGUAAAUAAGUCUUAUUUGUAAUGUAGUUGGUGUGUUCCAACCAAAUAUUUUGAGAGUUCAUCACAUUUAAUGUCUGAGUCUUCCUUUUUUGUUCAGAAGAGUGCAACACUUUUUUUGCGUGCAAUAUAAAAGCUGUAUUACCUUAAGAUGCAGCUUAUAUGCAACACUUCUGUCAUAUAUAAGAAAGUCUUAUAUAUUGAUCUGUGCUUGCUUCUACUGUCACCAUUGUAUAUGGUAAAUGGGUUAAUAAUCUGCCUAAUUUACAUUAAAAAUACAUUUAGAAUUUUCCUGUUGAAGGAAUUUUUUUAGCACCCUCAUACUUUGAUAUGCCAUACCUUUAUGACUGACUGCAGAUGACCUAAUACAUGUUGGCCUCCAGUGUAAAUUUAUUGUUUGAACUGGGCACAAUAAGAAAAGUGAUCUUUAAAUCACAUGUCACUGUGGUUCUUGCUGUAUCCAGGGCUGGGUUAACAGCAGGUAUUCUCUUGCAUUUUUAGUGACCGUUAGUUAAUCAUAUUUCUGUUUUAAAAGUACAAUAUCUCCGCCAACCUAAACAACAAGGUCAUUGCUGGCUUCAUAGCGGGGAAAAAAGGUUCAUGUAAGCUUUUUGAAGAUGACCAGAAUUAUUAACAUGGAGAAAAAGUUAAUAAGAUUGACCCUGGCGUUCUUUCAAACUACCGCACCACCUUCAACCUCCCAUUCUUCUCCAAAGUCCUUGAAUGUGUUGUUGUCCCUUUCCCAGAACUCCAUGUUUGAAUCCCUCCAAUUACAUUUCCAUCCUUGCCACAACACUGAAACAACUCUUAACAAAGUCCCAAAUUACGUCCUUUAUGACUGUGAUAAAGGUAAACUAGCCUUCCUCAUUCUUCUCGAGCUGUCUACUGCUUGUGAAAUGGUUAACACAUCAAUCUCCUCCAACACUUCUCCACUGUCAUGCAGCCACAUGAGCCUGCAUUCAUCUUGUUCCUUUCUAUAUAAUCGUAGGCAUAGUAUCAAUAUGAUGGCCUCUUUCCCUACUCCAGCCCUAUUAUCUCUGGUGCCCCCUAAGGAUCUAUCCUUGACCUCCUAUUUCUCAUCUACAUACUGUCCCUCUGUGACGUCAUCCAAAAGCAUAGCAUUUAGCUUUCAUAUGUACGCUGACAACACCCAACUUUAACUCACCACCACCUCCCUCGACUCCUCCACUGUUGCUAAAUUAUCAGACUGUUUAUCUGACAUCCAUUACUGGAUGAGCAGAAAUUUCCUCCUGUUAAAUAUAGGGAGACUGAAGCCAUUGUCUUCAAUCCCUGCUUCAAACUCUGUUCCCUAGCUACUGACUCCAUCCCUCUCCCUGGCAACAGUCUGAGAUUUAAGCCAAACCAUGUGCAACCUUAGUGUUAUAUUUGUUAUAUCUGCACCACAAAGACUGCCUGUUUCAUCUUCGUAACAUCACCUAACUUCGCCCCUGCCCCAGCUCAUCUGCUGCUGAAAUCCUCAUUCAUGCCUUUGUUAUCUCUAGACUUAACUAUUUUAACACCUGGUUGACCUUCCAUAUUCUACACACCCAAACUUGAGGUCAUCCAAACCUGCUGCCCGUCCUCUAACUUGCACGAAGUCCCAUUCACUUAUCACCCCUUUGCUCGCUGACCUACACUGGGUCCUGAUCAAACAACACCUUAAUUUUAAAAUUCUCAUCCUUGUUUUUAAAUCCCUUGAUAGCCUCACACACCUCCCCCCCCAACCAUCUCUCUAAUCUCCUCCAGUCUCUCAAACCUCCAAAAUAUCAGCAUUCAUCUAAUUCUGGCCUCACAAGCACCCUCGGUCUUAAUUGUUCGACCACUGAUGGCUGGAUCUUCAGCUGCCUGUGCACUGAGCUCUGGUAUUCCCUCUCUGAUUCUCUACCUCUCCUUCAAGACACCUUUUAAAACCUACCUCUUUGACCAAGCUUUUGGCCAUCUCUCCUAAUAUUACCCUAUAUGGAUGGUGUGUAAUUUUGCUUUAAUAACAUUCCUGCGAAGCACCUGUGGACAUUUUAUUACAUUAAAGGGAUUAUAUCAAUAUAAGUUGUUAUACCAAGUCAGUAGUCAUAUUAUUGGUGUCAUGCUGCUCCAUACGUUUUUCAGUAAAAUCACUGUUUGGUUAAGGAAUUGCCAUUAUACUGCAUCUUUGACAGUUGCCCUUCAUUUUGAUUAAAUCUUUGCUUUGUAAUGAAGUGGAUUUUAUGUAUACAUUGUCAUAGCUAACAGAAAUUGCAAUGAUGAAAACCUCUUCAUUUUCAUGUUUUACUGCUUGUUUGCACAUAAAUCCCCAGGGAUAAAUUAGUUAUUAACAAGUCUUUCAGUCUAAAUUGAAACUAGCUUACAAGCGUCUAUGAUUUUUCAUAUUUUGUGACCCUUAAGAAUUUGUCUUGCUCUCAACUUCCUGCUGUAUGCGAAGGUGGGAUUUAUUGUGGGAUGUGCAAUUAUCAUUUGUCUCCUGAUAAUUAAAUUUGAUCUCGUCUUGUACCAUCUCCUGUAGAUUUUACACCAUUUUUCCUCCCCUAGAAAUUUCAGGGGUUUUUGUUCAAAGAAUUAUGAACAAACAAAACAUUUAACUGUAAAUUUUGUAUAGUAUGUGAUCAUUCGUGACAGCCUCCUUCAUAAAAAAAAACUAUAAACA